AUGGCACACGGCAAACGAGCUACAACAACCACCUCCCCGACACCGGCGAGCGCAUUAUCCACCAGCAUAGAUGGUGCUCGAACAAUCACGAGCACCUUGACAUACGUCAAUCUGCCAGAGACUACAAUAACUUCGCAACUAACCACCGCAACACCGCAAGCCUCUGCGUCCUCUACAGAGGUUCAAGAUGCUUCCAAAGGAAUAUCGACUGCCGCUCUCGCGGCUAUCGCAGUGUGCAUUACUCUGGUGAUUGUUCUGGGUGCCCUGGCUGGAUGGUUCUUCUACCGCAGACGGCGAAGGACCAAAGCAAAUCAAGCGAACGACUUUGCUGAAGACGAAACGGCUGGAGAUCUGCUGCGUGGAUGUGAGAACCAGCCUUACAAUGAGGCACCUCCGCCGAUGGUUUUUUAUCAACGAUGUCCGUUCUGUAGGGUUGAGCAGAAUGACAAUGUUGUUUACGAAGCGCCAGUGCCGCCUGUGGAGCUGGCGGGAGACGAACCGGACUCGUGCCUAAAGGGUGGACUGGUGUUGCGGCACAAUGGAGCUCGGAAAGUGGCGACUUCGAGGCGGAUGUCCUGCAAGUUCUGA